UAGUUGAUAAGUGGAGGGUCAAUCGUCAACGCUGAGGCAGUAUGGGACCAUGUGACCAUGGCGGACCGGGAAUUGGCGUUUAAAGCCGGUGACGUCAUAAAGGUGCUGGAUGCCUCCAACAAGGACUGGUGGUGGGGCCAGAUUGAUGAGGAGGAGGGAUGGUUCCCUGCCAGCUUUGUGCGGGUGGAACCCCACCCUCCUCAGCCCCAAACAAAACAGGUUUUCUAUAUCAACCCCAUAGCAACUCCACGGUUCCAAAACACUACGUCAAAGUUAUGGGUCAAUCAAGAAGAUGGAGGAGGGGAACCAGCUGAAGGGACCAGCGAUGUUCAAAAUGGGCACCUGGACCCAGCCAAUGACUGUUUGUGUCUAGGCUCGCCUCUCCAGAACCGUGACCAGAUGAGAGCUAACGUCAUCAAUGAGAUCAUGAGCACAGAGAGACAUUACAUCAAGCACCUCAAGGACAUCUGUGAGGGUUAUCUGCGCCAGUGCAGGAAGCGUGUGGACAUGUUCAAUGAUGACCAACUGAAGGUCAUCUUUGGGAACAUUGAGGACAUCUAUCGCUUCCAAAUGGGAUUUGUCAGGGACUUGGAAAAACAGUACAACACAGAGGAGCCUCACCUUUCUGAAAUUGGACCAUGUUUUUUGGAACAUCAAGAUGGUUUCUGGAUCUAUUCAGAGUACUGUAAUAACCACUUGGACGCCUGCAUGGAGCUGAGCAAGUUGAUGAGGGAUGGCAGGUACCAGCACUUCUUUGAGGCCUGUCGACUCCUCCAGCAAAUGAUUGACAUUGCCAUAGACGGCUUCUUGCUCACACCUGUCCAGAAGAUCUGCAAAUAUCCCCUCCAGUUGGCAGAGCUUCUCAAAUACACUGCACAAGAGCACAGCGACUAUCGAUACGUGGCAGCAGCCCUGGCAGUAAUGCGAAACGUCACCCAGCAGAUCAAUGAGAGGAAGAGGAGGCUAGAAAACAUUGACAAAAUUGCCCAGUGGCAAGCAUCUGUUUUGGACUGGGAGGGGGAUGAUAUCUUGGACAGAAGCUCAGAGCUCAUCUACACUGGGGAGCUGUCUUGGAUCUAUCAGCCAUAUGGGCGCAGCCAGCAGCGAAUCUUCUUCCUCUUUGAUCACCAGCUGGUUCUCUGUAAGAAGGAUCUGAUACGACGAGACAUUCUGUACUAUAAGGGUCGCAUCGACAUGGAUCGCUACGAGGUGCGGGACGCCAUUGAUGGGAGGGAUGAUGACUUCAAUGUAAGUGUGAAGAACGCCUUCAAAUUGUGCAACAAAGACAGCGACGAGAUCCACAUCUUCCUGGCCAAGAAGCCGGAGGAGAAGAUUCGCUGGCUCAGGGCUUUCCAUGAAGAGAGGAAAAUGGUGCAGGAGGAUGAGAAAAUAGGUUUUGAGAUCUCAGAGUACCAGAAGCGACAGGCAGCCAUGACAGUGAGAAAAGUGACCAAACAGAAAGGUGUAAACAGGUGCACGCCCCCCUCGUAUCCGCCCCCCCAGGAACCCCUCAGUGCGGGGCAGUAUGAGGUAACAGAGGACAUGGCACAAGGAGAGGUUUUUGAAUUCAGUCAAUCCAAAAGAGGCCAGGCUCCUUUCUGGCAGAAUUUUAGUAGAUUAGCUCCAUUUAAGAAAUAG